AUGCCUCACACUCAUAACACCCUCGGUAAUGAUGAGUGGUUGCUCAAGGGCAACAGCCUGUGGAGUGAGAAUGGCGUCUACGAGUUCAGAAUGCAGCAAGACGGCAAAAUUGUCGUGUACGAGAACGGCAACCCAAAGUGGCAGAACACCAAACAGCAGCGCUCCGACGUGAAGGGUGUCAGAAUGCAGGCAGAUGGCAACCUGGUCAUCUACACCGACAAUAAUGAAGCUGUCUGGCACUCUAACACCGCCCCCAAGAAUGACGUUGUCCUUAUCAUCCAGAAUGACGGCAAUCUCGUUCUUUAUGAGGGCAACCCAGUCUGGGCCACUUCGACCACCCCCUCCGCUCAGUAAAAUCUCACCGAGAGACAGACGCUGGAAGUUGAGUAUUGAAGUGGAAGAUGGCAUGAGGAAGCUGGAAUCAAGGCAGUGAAGGUCUAGAUUGACAAAUUGUAGAUAAAUAUUUACCUUGGCCACU